UUAACCCUGACGCCUCCAGUCCCCAAAAGGUAAGAAUCUAAGAAUCCCAAGUAAUUAGCUAGAGACAAUUAAGUCUUGGCAUCACAUUAUAUGAGAUGAUGGGGUGGGAGGCAACAUGGCAAUUUUGAGACUCGUCAAGAAUGCCAGAGACAGAGCGAGCUUAGUGUGACACAGGCGCGGUCCUUUGGUCCAGCUCGAUCGAUGUCGUCAACGAUGAUUCGUCACGUGAUGCUGAGCCACAAGAGAACGCCACACUCAGCCCCUCCACGUCAACCGACGUUGGAAGGAGCGCUGCAUGCAGGUUACAGCCUCGUGUUUGUGUGCCAACCAAUGUUUUGAGACGGAGCUUCACUUUCUUGCCCGCCCGCCACACUUCAGCGAAUACAACCUCGCAACCGAUCGUCCCACGUCGACGCUUGUCAAAACUCCAACGCGCGCAGUUAAAGCCUCCAAAAUGCCACCAGCACUGAGCGACGACGAUUCCUCGGAUCAGGCCGAAUUUACGGCUCCCACCCGAUCGACACGAAAGGCAGCGCAAGCCGUGCCCAUCGAUCCGGUUUCCGACACGAACGAGGAUGACAUUGAAGCUUCCAAUGCCGAUUCCGCAGAUGAGGAUGAUGAUAUUGGAUCGGAUGUCGAGGGCCUCGAUGAGGACGUGUUUAUUGUGGAGUUAAUUAAGAACCACACCAUUGACGAAGAUGGUAGUCUCAAGUUCCAAGUCAAGUGGGAAGGAUAUGAGAGCAAGAAGGACUUGACAUGGGAGCCUGAGGAGAAUCUCAAGGAAACUGCUGAAGAGAUUCUCGAAAUCUAUUUUGAGAAAAUUGGCGGUCGAGACAAAAUCUUUGAGGAAACGGACAAGGCGUCCAAGUCGAAGAAACGCAGGCGAACAACUAACGGCGGUACCCCUAACACCACGACAAAAAGAUCACGACGCAACGGAGUGCAUCCCGCCGAGACUACUCCCCCUGCGACUGUGAAAUCGCAGUGGGGUCCCCCUGCAGGCUCUUGGGAGGACGAGAUUGAAUCGAUCGAUGCUUGCGAGGACGAGGGCAGUGGCAAAUUGAUGGUUUAUCUUAUUUGGAAGAACGGCCAUAAAACCAAGCACGAAACGCCUGUCAUCUAUAAGAAAUGUCCUCAGAAGAUGCUUCACUUUUAUGAGCGCCAUGUCAAGAUCAUCCGGGAUGAGAAUAAGGCCCUGGCUGAUGAGGCCGACGCCUAAUCUCUCUCCGUACGUCACGUUUCGGACUUUGGACGACGGUUUAUUUGAAGGCAUCGUUGGCUGUUGCUGCGACCUGCAGGGGCGUUUUGGCGAUCGAUACGGGUCAAGGAGACCUCGGUUUUGCGAC